GUGUAUGCGUGUGUGUGUGUUUAUGUGUGUGUGUGUGUCUGUGUGUUUCAGGACUCUUCCCUCCCCUGCUGAUGCAGCUGAAAUCUCAUUCUGUAUUUCCACGAGAACAAAGCCUUCGUCACCGCAGCAACACAAACAGCUCCUGAACAAAGGCGGCCAUGUUUCCAGAACUCCGUCCUCCCAUAAAUCCCGGCAGCGAGCGGCUCUGAGCGGUUUGACACUGGGAGCUGCUGCUGAGCGUCAUGCCUCUGCCCAGACGCCGCUCAUCCUUUCUGGGACAGCCGUCCUCUGAACGACCGGCCCCCGCCUCCUGCGGACGGAUCAGCUCGGCCGGCACCUCCGCUCCCCGCGGGGUCUUUGUGGGCCCUGCCCCCUCCACGGGUGGGGCCUCCUGCCUGGGGACGCGGGUGUCCCGGCGGGCUCUGGGCAUCAGCAGCGUGUUCCUGCAGGGGAUGAGGAGCAGCGCAGCGCCAGUACUGCCCCGAGCCGGAGAGCGGGCCACAGGUCACGGCGCGUCUGCAGCGGGACUGAACAGCUGCCUGAUGGAGUACAGAGACAAAGUCCGAGCACUGGAGACACUGAACCAACAGUUGGAGGAGCAGAUCCGUCUCUGUCUGGACCGCAAGGCAUCCAGCGCCGGAGCCUGGGGACCCCUCAGGAGGGAGUGGGAGGACGUCUACAGACAGGUCAGUGAAGCCAUCCUGGACAACGCUCGGCUGAUGCUGCAGACAGAGAAUGUUCAGGCCAACGCUGAGGACUUCAAGGACAGGUAUGAAAACGAGCAGCCGUUCAGGAAGGCGGUGGAGGAGGAGAUCAGCUCUCUGUACAAAGUCAUUGAUGACGCCAACCUGACGAAGGCAGAGCUCGAAGAGCAGAUGGAGAACAUGAGAGCGGAGCUUCGCAACCUGGAGCACAAUCACGAGCAGGAUGUGCGUGUCCUCUACAGUCAGAUGGCGGGACGUGAGGUGGAUGAACCCGACGCUCCCAUAGAAACCAGUCUGGACCAGAUCCUGGCCUACAUCAGGAGCCACUGGGAGAAGGUGACGGAGAGGAACCGAGCCGAGACCGACAGCUACCUUGAGUGUAAGGAGGCGCAGUGUGUGAGCAGACUGAGUCCUGAGGAGGAGCAGGUGGAGGCGCUGAAGGCCGAGUGCAACGAGACUGGCUGUAAGAUCCAGAGUCUGCAGGCCGAGACCGAGUCCAUCAGAGCGCUGAGACGGGGUCUGGAGAACUCCCUGGGUGACGCACGCCACUGGCACGACAUGGAGCUGCAGAACCUAGGCUCAGUGGUGGCAAAGCUGGAGGCGGAGCUGGCUGAUGUACGUGGCGAAAUCGAACAGCAGCGCCGUGACUAUGACACGCUGCUGAGCAACAAGCAGCGUCUGGAGCAGGAGAUCGGCAUGUACCACGGCAUCCUGGACGGAGAGGAGAGCCGCUUCCAACCUGCUGAGACGACUCCAGGUGUGCAGUCAGAGCCUGAGGGAGCUGCCAGUGCUUCUGCUGCUCCAGACUCCAGGACCGACCCUCCAGGACCUUCAGGACCUCCGUCGGGACAGUGAUCCCAGCGGAGGAUGUGUGGAACAGACUGGAGCUCACCAGAGAUCCUCUAGAUGUUUGUGGACGCUCUCUGCUGGAGGACUUUGUACCUGGUGACGUGUGCAGCUGUGAAUGAUGCUGAGAACCUGCAGCAGGAAGUCCAACAGGUGGAGCUCACCUGAACCGGCCUCUGAUUGGACUCCACAGAACCACAAAACAUUUUCAGUCAGCUGAGUGAAUGGUGCGUUCAGGUGCUCUUUGUCACCCGUUAAAAGCAAGUUAAACUGGUGCCAGGUCCACAUGAUCUGAUGCUCCAUGCUAACAUGCUACCAUGCUAACUUCACGCAACAGAGUUUCUGAGGACAAAAACCUUAGUAAGCUGGUGACUGAUGGUUAGCAUGCCUUUUAGCACACCUGUUAGCUCAGCGGCUAACAUGACACUGGGCUGUGUUAGCAUGACGUUAUCCUGUCUGCUCACUGUGUCGACCAGUUUAGACUCUACAGCUUCCUGCACCUCCAGCCAAUCAGAGCUCAGCUCCAUCAACACAGCUUGUUAUUGGUCGACAGUGUGAACUCUGUCAGCGCUCUGCACAGGUAAAUAACGAUCAGUCACACCUGUGAGUUACUUCACUGUGAUGUCACUGAGGUGAGCAGUUGCUGUGACAGGAAGUUGUCAUCAAUCAGUCCAUCUACAGAACACUCUUGACAAAAUAUUUUAACAUUUAAAUAAUUGUUUUCGUUGUUUGAACAUUUUUUUGGUUUCAUUUUUUUUUCAUGGAGAGAAUUUGAUGCUUUUCUUUGUCACAUGAUCAGGAAGUGAACACCUGUGUGUUAGAUAAAUCAAAUGAGUGACGGCGCCAUGCAGCGCGACACGUUUCACAGUGUUAUGAGGGUUAAUAAAUGAGGAUGAUGAUGGGCUGAUGAAGCAGUGAUGACACAGCGCUGGUUAGAUCCUCUGUGAUCAGCUGCAGGUGUCACCUGACGUCCACCUCACCUGGACUGAUCAUCAGGAAGCUGCUCAGCUGAGGAGGAGCAGAACACACACACACACCUGAAGCGUCAUGAUGAUGUCACAGUCGGUCCUCUGUGCAUUAACGUAUUCAUGAUGUGAUAUUAAACUGAUGUGAGCCGUUUUGCUGAGGAGAACACAAAUGUUACAUUUCUGAAAUCAUGAUAAAUCCAACAUGACCUGAACGCACCAUGAGACUGACACCUGCUCACUGGUUCAGAUGGUGGAGUUACCUGUGUGAAACACCUGAGAGACGUCAGGGUGACGAAGAUCAUCUGAACGUACCAUUAAACUUACAAAGGACUGUGGGAUACCGUGGAGUCACACCCAGGUGUUUCACCUGAUGACAUCACAGCCAGUGUCAUGUGAUUGAUCCAUAUUAUCAAUAAACUAAUUUGUCUUUGUUGAUAUUGUAAAGUGAUGAUGAUGAUGAUGAUGGUGAUGAUGAUGAUGAUGAUGAUGGUGAUGAUGAUGGUGAUGACGCCGCUGACUGAACGAGGAAAUAAAAGCUGAUUUGGAACUGA